AAAUCUAUGGUUACCAUCCAGACACGAUACCCUCGCUUCGCUUCUCGCAUUUUUACCCCGUUUCCUUUGGCCCUCGUCUUAUCAAACUGCCUGAAUCUGGGCGUUUUUUCAUCUUGUCGUCGGAAAGUGAACUAGAUUUGUCAUAUUUAGAGAGUGAGGUGUAACUCUGCAGGAGAUGGACUAUAACCAUCUUCACUGUGAGGAGAGCGUAGCGCAUCCCAAUGCAGUUACGAGGACCGACCCCAAACGAUAUAAAGUACCACCAUGUUCCUCACCCUGGCCCUGCUGCGGAAAGGCAUCCCCGGGAAGCAGUGGAUCGGAAAGUAUCGGCGUCCACGACAAAUCACAUGGCAGAUGAAACGCAAUAUGCUGAACCACCUGGAGCGCGAGGCCGAGAACGAGUACUGGAUCAGCCGGCCGUACAUGACUCCGGAGCAGGAGUACAGCCACGCCGCUGAGCGCAGAGCCCAGAACUGGCUCAAGAUCAAGGAGGCCAAAUUCGCCAAUUUUCCUGAACACAAGAGCGUCACAGAUCACCUGAAUCAUCUCAGAAUCACCAAGACAUGGUCGAGUUAAUGUGAGCAGUAAACUGUCUCGCUUUUGUUCAACAUGUAAAGACUCUAUAAUACUAUUUAUGUAUAUGGAGGAAAGCUCUGUAUGUCUCCUGAAAAGAUACCUUGAAAAGUUGUCAACUAAGAUCACAACAAACUGUUUCAACUGCAUCUGUCUUUAUAAAACAAAUCUGUAAACAGUU